AUGCUCGUCACUAAAAUCAUCGCCAUUACAGCUAUAGCAGCUGCAAAUGUUGCUGCGAUCGCGAACAUCGACCAGACAGUUUCCGAUAUGCGCGAGAUUACUCACAAAUUGAGAGUCGCCAAGCGUGCCAUUGAGAGCUUCAACGGCGGCGUCCCUAGCGCGUUAAAAAUCGCCAAUGCUGUUUAUCAAGCCCACACGGCCUCAGAAGCUGCUCGAGAUCGCCUAGAGGCAUCUGAUCCAUUCUUGAGCGCUGAUGGCGAGCAAACAAUGGACGCAUACAAUAAAAUGCAGCCGGUACUGAUGGCUACACUACAAGCUGGACAGGAUAAGGCUCCUCAGAUCAAAAAAUCCGGAUUCGGUUACAUUUCCCGCGGCAUGAUGCACAGCUUGUAUUUGGAGAAGGCUCAAUUUGAGCAGGCGAUGCAUGGCCAAUUGUCUAAGAACCAUACCCAGAUGCUAGCGCCGUCUGUUGGAGAUGUUGAUGCGGAGUUUAAGAGAACUCUUGUGGCUUUUGAUAAUUAA